AUGGCCCCGGCGGAAGGGGCGGGGCGUCGUCCGGUGGCGAUGGCGGCGUCAAGGCUAGAGCUUAAUCUGGUGCGGCUGCUGUGCCGCUGCGAGGCGAUGGCGGCGGAGAAGCGGGACCCGGACGAGUGGCGCCUGGAGAAGUACGUGGGCGCCCUGGAGGACAUGCUGCUGGCCUUGAAGGGCCAGACCAGUAAGCCAGCCUCCGAGGUCCUCCAUGAAUACUCUCGCAAAGUGGACUUUCUGAAGGGGAUGCUGCAGGCAGAGAAGCUGACCUCCUCCUCGGAGAAGGCGCUAGCCAACCAGUUCCUCGCCCCAGGCCGUGUGCCGACCACCACCCGGGAGCGAGUGCCUGCCACCAAAACAGUGCACCUGCAGUCUCGGGCGAGGUACACUGGUGAGAUGCGCAACGAGCUGCUAGGCAUGGACUCUACGGAGGAGUCUGGACUGGAUAUAAGGAAGCGAACUGGGCUCGCAGGGUCCAGGCCAGUGGAUGAGAAGCAGUCGGCAGCUGACCUUGACCUUGCCCUCCAACGGCACCAGAAUCUCCAGGAGAAGCUAGCAGAGGAGAUGUUAGGCCUUGCCCGCAGCCUCAAGACCAACACUCUGGCUGCGCAGAGCGUGAUCAAGAAGGACAACCAGACCCUGUCACACUCGCUCAAAAUGGCCGACCAGAACCUGGAGAAGUUGAAGACGGAGUCAGAACGACUAGAACAACACACGCAAAAGUCCGUCAACUGGCUACUCUGGGCGAUGCUCAUCAUUGUCUGUUUCCUCUUCAUCAGUAUGAUCCUCUUCAUCCGGAUCAUGCCCAAACUCAAAUAAAGGCCUGGCCCUGUC